CGUAUAUAUACAGAGAGACCCCCAAAAAAACCCGCAUUCAAACCUUCGAAUUUCUUCCCUCACAAUUAAACCAAAACGGAGAGGUCUCCUUCUCUCUUAUAUAUAUAUAUACACAUAUAAAACCAAUCCUGAUUUCAAAAGUUCUCUCCUCAAACUCGUUUGAUUUUGGAAACCCUAGAUUUAGACGAGAGAGGGAUCUGAUCUUCGGGAAUGGGGGAACAGUGUGGAUUGGAAGAGAGCCAACCCGUCGAUCUCUCCAGGCAUCCUUCUGGAAUUGUUCCCACUCUUCAGAAUAUUGUAUCUACAGUUAAUUUGGAUUGCAAGUUGGAUCUUAAGCAAAUUGCUUUGCAAGCUCGAAAUGCAGAAUACAAUCCCAAGCGUUUUGCUGCUGUCAUAAUGAGGAUUAGGGAACCAAAAACAACAGCUUUGAUCUUUGCCUCUGGGAAGAUGGUAUGCACAGGUGCCAAAAGUGAACAUCAAUCAAAGCUGGCAGCAAGGAAGUAUGCCCGAAUUAUCCAGAAGCUUGGUUUUCCUGCAAAGUUCAAGGAUUUUAAAAUUCAAAACAUUGUUGCCUCGUGUGAUGUUAAAUUCCCAAUCAGACUUGAAGGCCUGGCAUACUCCCAUGGUGCCUUUUCAAGUUAUGAGCCAGAACUUUUUCCUGGGCUUAUAUAUCGCAUGAAGCAGCCAAAGAUUGUUCUUCUAAUAUUUGUGUCAGGAAAAAUUGUUAUAACGGGUGCAAAGGUGAGAGAUGACACAUACAAGGCAUUUGAGCUGAUAUACCCUGUCCUCACAGAGUUCAGGAAGGUCCAGCAAUGAUUUAUCUAAGAUAUCUUAUGUUGGUGGCAGACACACAUUUCAACAUAGCUCAAGGCUGUUGUGGGCAAUGCUUGCUGCGACAUUUUUGCUUUUUUCUUGCAUGGUGUUGAAGGCAGUAGAUUUAGUUGUGAAUACAUAAUAUAACGGGAUAUGUUCAGUGUGGCAGAUAAGCUACAAUUCAAUUCUCUGAUCCUUUGAGAACUUUAUUAAUAAAAUUUUCCAAUUUUGAUAGUGCA